AUUUGAAGGGUGAGAAGGAGGUACCAGACUCGAUGAGUUUCCAUCGAAAUGUCGGAAAAGUCAGGCCAGAGUACAAAAGCAAAGGAUGGGAAAACCAAGUAUGCAACACUCAGUCUGUUUAAUACUUACAAGGGAAAAUCACUGGAAACUCAAAAAACCACAGUUGCCGCACGCCAUGGAUUGCAGAGUCUGGGUAAAGUUGCUAUAUCGAGGAGGAUGCCUCCCCCUGCUAACCUCCCUAGUCUCAAAGCAGAGAACAAAGGCAAUGACCCUAAUGUGAACAUCGUGCCUAAAGAUGGCACAGGAUGGGCUUCGAAACAAGAACAGCAUGAGGAAGAAAAACAGCCAGAAGUGCCGCAGACACAGCCAAAACCUGCCGCUCCUGCUCCUCCAGAAGCAGCUCCUGUUGCCAAAUCAUGGGCCAGUACCAAGCCAGGUGGGCAAGGAGAUGGUCCAGCUAUUCAAGUAAAUAGUUAUUUCCAGCAAGAGUUUCCCAGUCUGCCGGCAGCUGGGGAUCAGGAAAAGUCAGGCAAAGAAAAGGAUGCAUCUGAAGAGCAUGGAUCUGGACCCAGCUUGCGACCCCAAAAUUCUGCCCAUGCAGAUAAUACCAACUGGAGAGAAGGUGGUAAUAAGAACAACUUACCUGGGUCUCCAACUGAUCAAGAAGCUAAAACUCCUGGGCAAGAUGAUAAUGCUACAGCACCUGGAGAACAAAAUGAUGCCCAGAAGGCAGCAGACAAGAGACUACCACAAAUCCCUCAGCCCAAGCUGAAUGGUCAGCAGCAACCACCGAUCUCGUCUCAGUACAGGGCAAUGAUGCCCCCUUAUAUGUUUAAUCAGUAUCCAAGAAUGGCAUAUCCUCCUUCCAUGCAAGGUCCAACAAGGUUUCCUAAUUCUGACCCUGGCAGAGGGCCAAGGGGAAGAGGACCACCUUCCUGGUGUUCAGAACCUAUUGAGCGCCCAUCCAUUCUUAGUGCUAGUGAACUUAAAGAACUAGAUAAAUUUGAUAAUCUAGAUGCUGAGGCUGAUGAGGGCUGGGCAGGUGCUCAGAGUGAAGUGGAUUACACUGAACAGCUGAACUUCAGUGAUGAUGAUGAGCAAGGAAGUAGUCAAAAAGAGAAGGAAAGUGGUGAUGAGCAAACACCAUCAAAAGACUCUCAAAGCCCCGAUGACCAGAAGGAAGCAGAAGAGCAGACAAAGUCUGCCACACAGGUUUCCACAGCAGCAACCAAAGCACCCUAUGGCAAAACCCCUCAGCUUGAUCAGGACCGAGGUCCAACACAGCCCUCUAUACAUGAAAGAGGUGGUCCUGCUCUUCAUCCAAAAUCUAUUCUACCACCGCACCCUCCUCCCGAUCGUCAGAUAGGAAGACAGGGUCCCUUUCCCCCUAAACCAGUACCAGAUGAAGAUGAAAUCUGGAAGCAGAGGAGAAGGCAGCAGUCAGAGAUAUCGGCUGCGGUUGAGCGAGCCCGUAAGCGACGUGAAGAGGAAGAAAGAAGAAUGGAAGAACAAAGAAAAGCAGCUUGUGCAGAAAAGCUAAAACGGUUAAAUGAGAAAUUUGGCUGCGUGACAAAACCCUCCCGGGAUGACCCUCUAAAAGAGAGAGAGAGGGAAAGAGAGAAGGAGAGGGAAAGGGAACGAGAAAGAGAAAGGGAGAGAGAGAGGGAAAGGGAAAGGGAGCGAGAAAGGGAAAAGGAGAGGGAGAGAGAAAAAGAGAGGGAGAGGGAGAAGGAAAAAGAAAGAGAGAGGGAGCUAGAAAAAGAGAGAGAAGAAAAAGAAAAAAUGGAAAAAGCAAAAGAACAAGAAAGGGAGAGUGAGAAAGAAAAGGAGAUAGAAAAGGAGGAGAAGGAGAAAGAAAAAGAAGAGGAGAAGCCAACACCUGAGGUUCCUGAGCCUGAAGAACCUGUGGCAGCACCUGUARUGGAAAAACAAGAAAAUGAAAUCAGGAAUAACAAGGAAGAAAAAGAAGAUCAACCAGUCUUUACCCGUCAAGACAGUGGUCGGAAUGAGAAAGAGAAAGACACUCAGGUGCCUCAUGAAAGYGAGCCCGAUUCAGGGUCUCAACCUCGUCCUACUGUUUCCUCUGGCUAUUCUAAGCAGUUCCAGAAAUCACUGCCACCAAGAUUUCAGAGGCAGCAGGAGCAAAUGAAACAGCAGCAGUGGCAGCAGCAGCAGCAGGGUGUGCUUCCCCAGUCUGCUCCAUCGCAGCCUUCUAGUGGCCCUGUCCCUCCUCCCCAGCACAGACCUCUCUACCAGCCCAUGCAGCCGCAUCCCCAGCAUUUGGCUUCCAUGGGCUUUGAUCCACGAUGGCUCAUGAUGCAGUCUUAUAUGGACCCACGGAUGAUGUCGGGAAGGCCUGCAAUGGAUAUGCCUCCUAUUCACCCAGGAAUGAUGCCUCCCAAACCACUAAUGAGAAGAGACCAGAUAGAGGGAUCAGCAGCUGGUUCRGACUCAUUUGAACAUAUGGCUCGCUCGACGAGGGAGCACCCCGUCCCUCUGUCCGAGCCCCGCGUGAUGUGGGGGUCUGACCCCUACCCCCACGCCGAACCUCAGCAGGCUAGCUCUCCUCCCAAAGCGUUGGAYGAGCCUGAAGAUUUGAGGCCUGAGGCACACAUGGAGCAAGACCGAGKUGCUGCUGUCCCUACUGCUUAUCCUGUAGAGCACAACCAGUUGGAUUCUCAUCCAAAGACAGACUUUUUCAGAGAAUCGGCAGAGGUGGAGGUGCAGAAGUUCCCAAGCAGGCCUUCAGAAGACGUACAGCCUCUCCAAACUGACAUGCCUAGCCCAGCAGUUAAUUUUGAAGGAGUUAAUGAGAAUAUUACACGCAGCUCUCAGGAGGAAUUGGUGCCUGUGGGGGAAAGUCACUCUUCUCUGAAGAGAAGCAUUUCCCAUGGUUCAAGUCACUCUUUAAAAUCAGAAGACCAGAGGAACGAGACAGUAACGAAUAUUUCUAAAUUAAAUAACAGGUCGGUUGAGACAAAGGAGACUGUGGAGAGACUUGAGAUUAAGCCAAGAAAAGAAACUUUGAUCAGUAAUAGAGCAUUGGAAGGACCAAAACCUGAAAAAACAUUCAAACCUAAGUCUGAAACAAGAUGGGGUCCUAGGCCUGGUUACGGCAGAAGAGAAGAAGGCGGUGAUAGACCUAUAAGAAGAUCUGGUCCUAUUAAAAAACCUGUGCUUAGAGAUAUGAAAGAAGAGCGUGAACAACGAGAAGAACGCGAGCAGAGGAAGGAGAAAGAAGGAGAAAAAGCAGCUAGCGAGAAAAUGGGCAAAUCUGAAAAAAGUGACAAAAAGGAAGCACCUCAAGUGCCACUGCCUCAGACUGAGCCCGAAGCAUCUGCCUCCAGCAGUGCUGCUGCUCCAGGGAAGAAGAUAACCCAGGAUGCUGCUUCAGUAGCAGCAAGCUCAGAGAGCAGCCAAAGCGAGGCAGCAGCUAAAGCUCCAGUGCAGCCCCCCACCCYGCCAGUGCAGCAGCAGCUCCCAGCUGCGCAGCCCCCUGCCCCACAGCCUCCCGCAGCGGCCCCACAGCCGCCCCCUGCCCAGCCUGCGGCCCCACAGCAGCCCCAUGUUCAGCAGCCAGCUACCACAGCGAAGGAGGAGAAGCAGACAGAGAAGGUGGCCAGCAAGGAGGUGAUAGAGAAACCACGUUUAGAAACCAGACCUGUGAAAAGAGAGCCUGGCUUACCGCCUAGAACAUACUGGAAGGAGGCUAGGGAUAGAGACUGGUUCCCAGAUCAAGGAUACAGAGGUAGAGGUCGCGGGGAAUAUUACUCCAGAGGUCGCAGCUAUAGAGGUUCCUAUGGGGGACGUGGCCGGGGCAGUAGAGGCCAUAACAGAGAGUACCCACAACACUACAGAGAUCCUAAGCCUAGAUCAGACCAUGUGCCUUCAGGGCCUGUCAGGCAAAGGGAAGAGAGUGAAACCCGUAGCGAGAGUUCUGAUUUUGAAGUCAUCCCRAAACGGCGCCGCCAGCACGGCUCCGAAACGGAUUCCGACAGCGAGGUUCAUGAAAGCGCAAGCGACACCCUGCUCUCAGACAAGGACAGCCUGAGCAAAGGCAAGCACCCCAAGAGAGAGGAGAGACCUGAGAGCAAGAAGCCUUCCAAGCCCCUGAUGUUCAAACCUGAAAACAAUAUCAGAAUAGACAAUAGAUCCAUAGAAAAAACCUAUAUAAGGGAAGAUGAGAAUAAACCCAAACCAGGGUUUCUUCCUAAAGGAGAGCCUUCUAGACGAGGUAGAGGGGGAAUGUUUAGACGUGGUGGUAGGGAUCCUGGUGGGCGUCCUCCACGUCCAUCUACAAUAAGGAGACCGGCCUACAGGGACAAUCAGUGGAACCCUCCUAGGCAAACCGAAAUCAUUAAACCAGAAGAUGGGGAACCUCCAAGAAGAAAUGAACAUUAUGGUCCUAUACCAGUUGAUAAAAGACCUCAAAAGUUCGAGAGGAAGUUUGAUCCAACAAGAGAAAGGCCACGAAGACAAAGGCCUGCUCGGCCUCCAAGGCAGGAUAAGCCACCGCGCUUCAGGCGCCUAAAAGAAAGAGAGGCUGCCUCGAAGAUAAACGAGGCGGUAGCUAAUUCAUCAACACCUGCGACAGUUAAUAAUGCAGUUAACGAGCAGCCCACCACCGCCCUGGAUGUGUCGGGGAGUAAGACACCAGACUUGUCCAACCAGAAUUCUUCAGAUCAGGCAAAUGAAGAAUGGGAAACGGCCUCAGAAAGCAGCGACUUCAACGAAAGGCGUGAAAGGGAUGAGAAGAAAACKGCAGAUGCGGCAGCACAAGUGGUUGUAAAAGCAGGAGAAAACACUGGAGCCCCCAAAAGGGAAAUAGCCAAGAGAAGUUUCUCUAGUCAGCGGCCUGGAAUUGACCGUCAAAACCGACGUGGCAACAAUGGGCCAGCUAAACCCGGGAGGAACUUCUCAGGGCCUCGUGGUGAAAGACGGAGUGGUCCUCCACCCAGAAGUGGAAAAAGAGGACCAUUUGAAGAGCAGACAGCAAGUGUGCCUGCUGUUGAUCCCACCAACAGCACUGCUUUGCAUCAGGAAGAAGGUGCUAAUGCUGCAGGACAAAAAAGUGCUAAGGAUGCCAGUGGCAAAAAGAGAGAGGAACCCAAGGCUGGUCCAAAACCCAAGCCUAAGGAAAAAGUGGAUGCCUUGUCUCAGUUUGAUCUUAACAACUAUGCAAGUGUUGUGAUUAUUGAUGAUCACCCUGAAGUGACAGUAGUUGAAGACUCCCAGUCUAACUUGAAUGAUGAUGGUUUUACUGAAGUGGUGUCUAAGAAGCAACAAAAACGCUUGCAAGAUGAAGAGCGCAGAAAGAAGGAAGAACAAACAGUGCAGGUUUGGACCAAAAAAGGAUCAAGUGAAAAAGGACGAGGUCAGAACUCAAAGCUGCCGCCCAGGUUUGCCAAAAAGCAGCAGCAGCAACAGGCAGCAGCUGCGGCUGCGCAGCAGGCACAGGCUCAAGCUCAGGCUCAGGCCCAGGCCCAGCCUCCGUGUGGGACCCAGGCUCCAGGGCAGCCCCCGGCUUCUGCUCAGCCUCAAGCCCAGGYGGCGGCGGGGACAGCCAGCCCCGAGUUCGCGGUGCCGGGCAAAGUUCUGCAGAGCGCCCAGGCUCACAACGGGCUGGGAACUGAGUUGUGGGAAAACAAGGUGCCUUCUACAGCAGUUCUGAAUGACAUCUCCAAAAAAUUGGGACCCAUUAGCCCACCUCAGCCGCCUUCAGUCAGUGCUUGGAACAAACCUUUGACAUCUUUCGGCGCAUCUACAUCUCCAGAGGGAGGAAAGCCUGGACAGGAAGGUGGAGUUGAACUUGGUAUAGAAACUAUUCAGUUUGGAGCUCCAGCUUCCAGUGGCAGUGACAAUGAAGUUGGCCCUGUGCUGUCUGAGAAGUCCACUGACAAGCUCCCGGAACCAAAAGAGCAGAGGCAGAAACAGCCUCGGGCUGGACCCAUCAAAGCACAAAAGCUUCCAGACUUGAGUCCAGUAGAAAACAAAGAGUAUAAACCUGGUCCUAUUGGGAAAGAGCGUUCUUUAAAGAACAGGAAGGUGAAGGAUGCCCAGCAGGGAGAGCCGGAGGGACAGGAAAAGCCAUCUCCCACCUCUGUCAGAAGUCCCGAACCUGUCACUGCAAAGGAGACCAAAGCAGCAAGUGAACUUAGUACGGAAAUAGGAACGAUGAUAUCUGUGUCUGCUCCAGAGUUCGGAACAAACACAAAGGAGUCUGUAACAGACUACACUACACCUUCUUCUCAUCCUAACACAGUGGCUACUAGCAAUGCAAAAAUGGAGGAGACUUUGGUGACGAACGUGCCCCUGCCCCACACCCUUCCCCUCCCUAGGAGGGAGACUCUACAACAGAGCUCCAGCCUAACUCCAGUUUCUCCCGCUACCGUCGACCUCACCCUCAAGAUGGAGUCUGCCCGCAAAGCAUGGGAGAAUUCCCCCAACAUGGGAGAGAAGAGUUCCCCGGUGACCUCUGCAGCAUCUCCCAUUGCCAGUGGCAACAGCAGCAGCAGCAGCAGCAGCAGCACCGGGCCGAGCAGUGGCACUUACAGCUCUUUCUCUAGUGCAUCGAUGCCUCCUAUUCCUGUGGCCUCAGUUACACCGACUACUUCUCUGUCAGGAGCUGGAACUUACACAACCUCCUCCCUGAGUACGAAGACUACRAGCACCUCAGACCCACCCAAUAUAUGUAAAGUGAAACCACAGCAGCUGCAGACAAGCAGCCUGGCCUCUGCUGGCCACUUUUCCCAGCUGAGCUGCAUGCCAUCCCUCAUUGCCCAGCAGCAGCAAAGUCCCCAGGUCUACGUGUCUCAGUCUGCAGCAGCUCAAAUCCCAGCUUUCUACAUGGAUACAAGUCAUCUGUUCAACACCCAGCAUGCACGCUUGGCACCGCCUUCCUUGGCACAGCAGCAGGGCUUUCAACCGGGGCUUUCUCAGCCUGCUUCAGUUCAGCAGAUCCCCAUCCCCAUCUAUGCACCUCUACAAGGACAGCACCAAGCUCAGCUGAGUUUAGGAGCAGCACCAGCUGUUUCACAAGCCCAGGAGUUGUUCAACUCCUCCUUACAGCCCUAUAGAUCCCAGCAAGCUUUUAUGCAGAGUGGGCUGUCUCAGCCAUCGCCCGUGGUCCUCUCUGGUACAGCCUUGCACAACUUCCCAGCUGUGCAACACCAGGAGCUGGCCAAGGCCCAGUCGAGCCUGGCCUUUCAACAGACUUCUAAUACCCAACCUAUUCCUAUCUUAUACGAGCAUCAACUUAGUCAAGCUUCAGGACUGGGAGGCUCUCAGCUUAUUGAUACACAUAUUCUGCAGGCCAGAGCUACACUUACCCAGGCUUCAAAUCUGUAUUCUGGGCAAGUUCAGCAGCCUGGCCAGAGCAAUUUCUAUAACACUGCACAGUCUCCCAGUGCUCUCCAGCAGGUAAACUAUGGCAUGGUGACUGUACCUUUACCAGGAUCACAGCUUUCUUUGCCCAACUUUGGAUCCACAGCCCAGCCACUCAUUGCCCURCCGCAGUCUUUGCAGCCCCCACUACAGCACACACCACCACAAGCACAGGCUCAAAAUCUAAGCAGACCUGCACAAGUAACCCAGCCUUUCCGAGGAUUAAUCCCAGCGGGAACUCAGCACAGCAUGAUUGCUGCCACUGGGAAGAUAUCAGAAAUGGAUCUGAAAGCCUUUGGAAGCGGCAUUGAGGUUAAACCUGGCACACCACCGGUUACUGGUAGAAGUACCACUCCAACUUCCAGCCCCUUCCGGGCCAGUUCUACAAGUCCUAACAACCAAUCCAAUAAAAUGAACAGCAUUGUUUACCAGAAGCAGUUCCAGUCAGCAGCUGCCGCGGUGCGAAUGACGCAGCCGUUUCCUGCACAGUUUGCACCCCAGGCGAAGCAGAGAGCAGAGGUGCUGCAGUCCACACAGAGGUUCUUUUCAGAGCAGCAGCAGCAGCAGCAGAGCAAGCCGCUGGGCGGCAAAGCGCCCAAGGGGGACGAGAACGGCAGCAAAGGCGCCGAGGCCGUCGCCGACCCGGCGGGCGGCUGCGCGGACAAGGCCGAGGAGAAGCCGGCGCCCGCGCCCGCCGCGGCCCCCAAGCCCGUGCGGACGGGACCAAUCAAACCUCAGGCAAUCAAAACGGAAGAGACGAAAUCGUAG